AUGGUUCAACUCAAGACUGCUGCUCUGGCGCUCCUUUUCGCCGGCCAGGCGCUUUCCAGCCCUGUCGAGAUCGACUCCCGACAGGCCUCCGUCAGCAUUGAUGCCAAAUUCAAGGCCCACGGCAAGAAGUAUCUUGGAACCAUUGGUGACCAGUACACCUUGACCAAGAACUCGAAGAACCCGGCCAUCAUCAAGGCUGACUUCGGCCAAUUGACCCCCGAAAACAGCAUGAAGUGGGAUGCUACUGAGCCAAACCGAGGCCAGUUCUCCUUCACCGGCUCGGACUACCUUGUCAACUUUGCCCAGUCCAACGGCAAGCUGAUCCGUGGCCACACUCUCGUCUGGCACUCUCAGCUCCCAGGAUGGGUCUCUUCCAUCACGGACAAGAACACUCUCAUCAGUGUCCUGAAGAACCACAUCACCACCGUGAUGACCCGCUACAAGGGCAAGAUCUACGCCUGGGACGUCCUGAACGAGAUCUUCAACGAAGACGGCUCCCUGCGCAACAGCGUCUUCUACAAAGUCAUCGGUGAAGACUACGUGCGCAUCGCCUUCGAGACCGCCCGGUCCGUCGACCCCAAUGCCAAGUUGUACAUCAACGAUUACAACCUGGAUUCCGCCGGUUACUCCAAGGUGAACGGCAUGGUCAGCCACGUCAAGAAGUGGCUUGCUGCCGGUAUUCCCAUUGACGGAAUUGGCUCCCAAACCCACCUGGGCGCUGGUGCCGCUCUGAAUGCUCUUGCCGGCGCAGGAACUAAGGAGAUUGCCAUCACUGAGCUUGAUAUUGCUGGUGCUAGCUCUACUGACUACGUCAAUGUUGUCAAGGCUUGUCUGAACCAGUCCAAGUGUGUUGGAAUCACCGUUUGGGGUGUUGCUGACCCGGAUUCGUGGCGCUCUAGCUCCUCCCCCCUGUUGUUCGACAACAACUACAACCCCAAGGCUGCCUACAACGCUAUCGCCAGUGCGCUUUAG